AUGGUGCAAAUCUUAUCGAAAAAGUAAGCGAACUGAUUCAAUUUCUGAUAAUGAAACCAAAUUUUUUUUCCAGAUUUUCAAAAAUUAGUGUUUUCCCAAUUUUUUGUCUUAUCAUUUAUUUGUUCAUAUAUUUGGUGGUUAAAAAAGAAAAUGAAAAAUGUCUGAAAUUAGAAAAUAUUGGAGACGAAUAUUUUGGAUUUCCAGUUCUACUUUUGGAUAAAAAUAUUUUGUUGGGAAAAUGUGUAGAAAAAGUUGAUGUGAGUGUUUCAUAUUGUUCAAUUCAAAAAAAAAAUAAUAAGCAAACGUUUAGGUUGGAGUUGAUAUAAAAUAUCGAAAAUUUGUCAGUUUCAAUUCAAAUUCAAAAUUCAAUUUCAUUUUCUAUAUCAAUAAAACGAAACAUGAUUAUUUAACCUUGUUAACUGAAGAAAAUCAGAGAAUUAUUCCGAAGAAAUUUGAAACAAGAAACAUUGAGGAUUUCCAAGUUCCGGUAAAUAUUCCACUGUUUUUUGGAUUCCUAGAAAGAUCAACAUAUAUCGAUUGUUUGGGAUUGAAGAGAAAUAGUCCAAAAAAUGCAACAAAAAUUCGAGAUUUUAUAAAUUCGAUGGUAGAACUUCGAGAUUUAUUCAUCAAUGAUUUUGGAAUAUUUUUCUAUUUGUCUGGAGGAACACUUUUAGGAUGGUAUAGAGAAUGUUCAAUUAUUCCACACACCGAAGAUGUUGAUUUAUUUGUCAAAAUUGAAGAUCUCAACUUUGAUAUGACAUUGUUUUUCAAAUCUGGAAAAACGAGAUUCGAUUUCGUUCGAAAAUUAGGCCGAGUUAAUGAUUCGUUAACUCUCACAAUUUUUGAUAUCAAAACAAAAACCCCAAUUGAUAUUUGGUUUUUAUAUGAAAGUUUUCAUGAAAAUGGCGAAAAAUAUAGUUGGUGUGGAAUAAACAAUAAACAAGGACAAAAGCAUCGAUUUUUCUAUCCAUUGCAGAAAUCUUGGUGUGCCACUGAUCUUUAUGGCAAAAUAUUUUGGGUACCGUGUUCACCCAAAGAUAUUUUAAUUGCUGAUUAUGGUGAAAUGUGGUAUAAAGAUAUUCCGGAAAAAAAUUAUGUUUGGUUUGAAAAUGCGAAGAAUUCAAAAGUUGUUGGAUUUUUUCGAGAAGAUGAAAUGAAGGAUGUUUAUGAAUGGAAUCCAAAGUAUAUUUCGAAAGGUUCUAUAAAUAAAUAA